ACUCCAGCCAACGUGCCCGAGGGGGUGUGUGUGUGAGACAGAGAGACAGAGGGCGGGGGGGGGGGGGGGGCGGUGAUGGAAGGAGGAAACUCCGCCGCCCCGAACGGCCCGAGAAGAGCCGCGGCAGCCGCUCGCCCCAGAGCCCCCAGCCGCAGCGGGACACCGGAGUCGCGUCACGCCCAAGCGGCGCAACCUCUGCCUGGCGGGGAGCGGCCAGCAGCGCCCUCUGCUCCCUGGCUGCGGAGAGCAGCCGCCGCUCGCUCCCGGGGCGUGCAACAGUGAAGGGCCAGCGGCUCUUAUCGGAGCAACAGCGUCUCCUUCCCGGGACCGGCUUCCUUCCCCUGCGGCGGCGACACCCGGCAGUGGUUUUCAGAGGGAGAUUGCCCCUACAGAUACCAUGAGACUGUCUGGUUUGGCCAAUGUACACCUCUACCCCGAUAUAACGCGACCCGAUAUGACACCGGUUUGCAUACAACGUGGUAAAGCAGCACUCCGGCGGAUCAGCGCGUCAGUUCCCAGCUGCAGCGCUCCGCUUCCUGCCGCCGAUUACAUUUGGAUUUUCUGAAAAACGGACCUUUUUCACCAUGAAUGCAAGAACAGACUGUCGAGAGAACAGCAGAAUGAGAUCUUUCAAAGCGCCACAUGUCUGCACAGCGUUAUCCUUAGUAAUGCUGUUCCUUCCAGUCACUGGAACUUCAAAGCAAAAUAUCCCAAGACUUAAACUUUCCUAUAAAGACUUGCUGCUUUCAAACAGCUGUAUCCCAUUCCUGGGCUCAGCGGAGGGGUUUGAUUUUCGGACCCUGCUGCUAGAUGAGGAGAGAGGCUGGCUGCUAAUCGGAGCUAAAGACCACAUCUUUCUGCUCAGCUUGGUUGAUUUAAACAAAAAUGUAAAAAAGAUUUACUGGCCUGCAGCAAAAGACAAGGUGGAAGUAUGCAAACUAGCUGGGAAAGAUGCCCAGGUAAUUGCACUGCUGAACAGCAAGGGCCAGGACUGUCCAGGGACUACCCUGGUGCUAAGUACCCCAAAGUGUCAUGGACCUUGUGAUGAUACAGAAUGUGCAAAUUUUAUCCGGGUUCUUCAACCCUACAACCGGACCCAUGUUUAUGUCUGCGGCACAGGAGCCUUCCACCCUAUCUGUGGAUACAUUGAGCUUGGAGUACACAGAGAGGAAAUAGUAUUCAGACUGGACACUCAGAACCUGGAGUCUGGCAGGUUGAAAUGUCCUUUUGAUCCUCAUCAGCCGUUUGCUUCCGUAAUGACAGAUGCGUACCUCUAUGCUGGAACAGCUUCUGAUUUCCUUGGCAAAGAUACAGCUUUAACACGUUCUCUAGGCCCUUCUGAUGACCACCAUUACAUCAGAACUGACAUUUCCGAACAUUACUGGCUUAACGGAGCAAAAUUUAUUGGAACCUACCCCAUCCCGGACACAUACAAUCCAGAUGACGACAAAAUCUAUUUCUUUUUCCGAGAAAUAUCGCAAGAUAGCAGCACGUCUGACAAAGCGAUCCUUUCCCGAGUUGGAAGAAUUUGUAAGAAUGAUAUGGGAGGUCAACGGAGUCUAAUAAACAAGUGGACAACUUUCCUGAAAGCAAGACUGGUGUGCUCGAUACCUGGCCCUGAGGGAGCAGACACAUACUUUGAUGAGCUACAAGAUAUUUUCUUACUUUCCACAAGAGAUGAGAGAAACCCUCUAGUGUAUGGAGUCUUCACUACUACAAGCUCUGUAUUCAAGGGCUCUGCGGUUUGUGUGUACAGCAUGGCUGAUAUCCGAGCUGUUUUCAAUGGCCCUUACGCUCACAAAGAAAGUGUAGAUCAUCGAUGGGUACAAUACGAAGGACGUAUCCCAUACCCCCGGCCUGGUACAUGCCCAAGCAAAACUUACGACCCGUUGAUUAAAUCUACCAGAGAUUUUCCAGAUGAUGUUGUUAGCUUUAUAAAACGCCAUCCAUUGAUGUACAAGUCGGUUUACCCAGUGACUGGAGGACCUGUAUUUACUAGAAUCAAUGUGGACUACAGGCUGACACAGAUUGUGGUGGAUCAUGUCAUGGCAGAAGAUGGGCAGUAUGAUGUUAUAUUCCUAGGCACAGACACAGGAACGGUACUGAAAGUUGUGAGUAUUACAAAGGAGAAGUGGACUAUGGAGGAGGUAGUACUGGAAGAGCUGCAGAUUUUCAAGCAUCCAUCAUUUAUCUCAACUAUGGAGAUGUCCCUGAAGCAGCAACAAUUGUACAUUGGUUCCAGAGAUGGAUUGGUUCAGCUCUCUCUGCACAGAUGUCACACGUAUGGGAAGGCUUGUGCAGACUGCUGCCUUGCCAGAGACCCAUACUGCGCUUGGGAUGGAAACUCAUGUUCCAGAUAUGCACCAACUUCUAAAAGGCGAGCCAGGAGACAAGAUGUCAAAUACGGAGACCCAGUCGCUCAGUGCUGGGAUGUGGAAGAAAGCAUUAGUCAUGAAACUGCUGAUGAAAAGGUGAUUUUUGGCAUUGAAUUUAAUUCAACUUUUUUGGAAUGCAUUCCUAAGUCCCAGCAAGCCUCGAUUAGGUGGUAUAUUCAACGCUCUGGAGAAGAACAUCGAGAAGAGCUGAAGGCUGAUGAGAGGAUCAUCAAAACGGAAUACGGACUGCUGAUCCGCAGCCUGCAGAGAAAGGACACAGGGGCGUAUUACUGCAAAGCACAGGAGCACACGUUCGUUCACACCAUCGUGAAGUUAAAUUUGAACGUCAUAGAGAAUGGGCACAUGGAAAGCACUCAGAAAACGGAGGAGGAAGAGGGACGAGGGAGAGAUUUGCUUACUGAGUCGCGGCUGAGGUACAAGGAUUACAUCCAACUUGUCAGCAGCCCCAGCUUCAGCCUGGAGGAGUGGUGUGAACAGAUGUGGCACCGGGAGAAGCGACGGCAGCGGAACAAAGGUGGGGCAAAAUGGAAGCACAUGCAGGAGAUGAAGAAAAAGCGAAAUCGAAGGCACCAUGAACCUGUCAGCAGCCCAGAUGCCAGGCCAACAUCUACAUAGCUUUUAUAUUCUAUUUAAAGAAAGGACAUUUAACAUGCAAAAAUACUGUGUUCUGUUUUGUGCAUCCUUCCUAUUAAUUAAUGUUGCUUCUCACUGAGAUUAGAUAAUGCACAGUCAUUAUUGGUCUGUACAGGACUGCACUGUAAUACUGGAAUAUGAUAGCAAAUGACAAAUUCCUUAUUUGAGCACCGCGCCCAAGGCAAUAAUUCCAAAUCUGGGAUUUUUUCCCCAGAAAUUCAGAUUUUGUAGCUAACAGUUAGUGAGAAGCUGAUUCGUGACAUAUGUCAUGGGGGUGUUCCAUGGCUUCCCUGGCAUAAUUUUUAUAUGAGAUUUAAAGUCUAUGUUACAGUAUAUUAUUAAUGGACUGCUACAUUCCACCCGAGAGUUGGCUGCAGUUCAGGGGUAGGUGGAUGUAUUUGUAAAAGUGCUUGGGGGUCUUGUAAGGAUGGGAGGUGCCAUAUAGAUACAGGCCAUUUCAUGACAGAUCUGCAAAACUAUACUAAAUUACCCAUUGGGCAUAUAUUUAGGUACAUGGGUGGCAUUUGCUAAUGCAGAGAAGCAAAGCAAAAAAUCAAAUUAAAUAUCAGCUUAGAAGUAACACUCGUUUUCCCCUUUAAAAAUGUAAUCACGUUUUAAGAGGAGGAAAUGUAGAACUUUAUUCAUUAGGGCAUAAGCAGCCUCUAGUUUGCAGUCCAUCUGCUGAAAUGAACUGUUGACUCAAAUUGAAACUGCCAGCAAGAUACUGGAGAGUAAAUUUCAUAAGAAGCAUGUGGGAGGUACAUGCACAAACCCUAUUAACAAAUAAUGGGAUUUCUGCCUUCACCUCUAUUGUCUUGCUGAAGAUUUUACCCUGAAUGUCUCCACUCACCUCUACAACUCUAACCCCCGACUGGCUUCAUUUUCUGGAGUAUGGUUAGUUUGUUGUGGAAAAAAGAGGAGAGGUGAACACACGCACAAAAACCCUCCCGAACUUGAUGACAAAAGACAAUGAGGGAAACAUAUUUGGUGACAGAUGGAAACUGACAGUGCUCUUACACCAGGUAUAACAAUGGGGAAAGAGCAGACAUUCCUGAGACUUGUGUAUUUGUUUUAUAAAAGGUCUUGUGUAUUUCAAACAAGGUAUUGUGUUGUUGGAAUUAAUACUUUUUUAUUAUAAUUAAAUAAAAACAAAAAAAGCCCAUGUGUAAAUUAACUGAAGUACAAGUUAGAGAGGAGCAGCUUUGUGAUUUACAAUAGCAUCAUUUGUAAAUUGUUCCUAGUUUUACUUUCUGCUCUUUAAUAAGAUAAAUCUUCUUGUAUGAGCAAGAGACACUUCAGAUCUGACUUCAGACCUUCAGAUCUGAUUUACACCAGUGUAACUCCAUUGGCUUCAUUGGACUUUCUUCCAAUUUACGCUAGUGUAAGCAAGAUCAAAAUCAGGCCUAUUGCCUCUUCUCAUGCUUCGCAGCCCCUUUCCCCCACUCUACCAAACCUCCCCCUUUUUGCCUUUCACGCCUCUUUGAGUGUAAAAUGACAAAUUAGCGACGUCCUCACAUGGAAGGAAGCUUUGAUGGAUACUAAACCGACAGACUUUACUUGUUUCUCAUGCAUUCUACAUGUCUGGAGAGCAAAGUCUGUGGAAAACCCAUGUAAUUGAUGUGCAAUUCAUUAAGGAACCAAGAACUUUGGCUCUGAAUGCUGGAGAUUAUCCCUAUCUGCUACCCAGUGUGUGUGUGCUUUCAGUCCCCGAUCAAUAAUUGUGUCCAUACAAUCUGUGUCAUUGUACAUUUUCUUUCUGAUAAAUGAUACAAAUAUGGUGGUGUGUUUUUCAGAUCGGAGAAAGGAACCUCAGCUGACUCAAGUUUAUUGUAAAAAAAAACUAAAACUGAAUGUGCAUGUAUUGUAUAAAGACGGGGUUUAUAUUCCUUGUUUUUUCAUUAAGAGAUACAUUAGUUAAUUAGAAGUUAUUAGGUAGUUUGUGCUCAGUACUUUGAUAGUGUACUCUGCAAGUGUUAAAUAUUAUAAAAGAUGAGAGGGGAGUUUCAUUGUACAGGACCUUUAAUCAAAGAGACUGAUGUCCUGGGCUCUUAUUAGUAAUGUUAAUCCUUAUUACUCUGAGUAGCCUAUUAAUGUCUGUAGAACUUUUCACAAUAGUAAGCAUUAUGCUCAGAAAUCAGCUUGUACAGCAAUAGGACCUUAGGUCAAGAUUUUCAAAAGUGACUAGUGAUUUUGACUGCCCUGAUGUUUCUUGCCCAAUUUGAGACUCUAUAAGGGGUGUUAUCCUGUAAAUAUGAGGCCCCUUUAAGGAAUCUUAAGUUGGAAACCCAGAAAUGAGACACUCAAAAUCUUGAAUCACUUUAAAAAAAUUUUGCCUAAGAAUGACUGCAGUCACCAUACAGAACCCACCGAUGUAUUCCGUGUUGUAUUUUAUCAGUCCAGAGAGUACCAUCUCUCAGAGUUGGUCCUUCUGGGAAUGAGUGGUGCCACGCCAUGAUUAAGCUAAGGUGUUACCAUCAAAUAAUCCACCUUGGGCCUGUGCUUACAUGUACUGACAAGGGGCCUGCUCCUGCUCCCACUGAAGUCAAUGGGAGCAGGACUGGACUGAGUAGUGUAAUUAUUAAUUACAGCACAAACCCUACUUACCUUAUUCAUAAAAGUAGAACCAUUGGACUCACUUCAGUGGCCCUACUCAAUGAGAUAAGGUGAGCAGGAUUUGGCCUUAAAUAAGCUAUUUGUUGUUUGGUACUUUUUCCAUCUUCCUUAAGAGCUGAACACAAUUGGUUUCCUUUAGGUUUAAAUAGCUCUGCAGAGCCUAGCGCUACAAUCCUCGCAUAAAACUCCCCAUCAACUUCAACAGGAGUCUUGAGGGCCUAAGGGCUGCACCACUGGGACUGCGAGCAUAAAAGAUUGAAUUCAAAUGUUACUACUCUUAAAUUCAAGGGGUUUUGUUUUAUUUUAAGUAUUCUUGCAAGAGGAUUCCUCUCAGAGGAUUGACCUCAACUCUCCUGUGUGAAGUAGCAGAGUGAAGCCCCAAGCGAGGAAUGAGGCCAUUUCUAUCCUGGGGAAAUAAAUUCAGUAUCCUCCAAGUCGUUGUGCCAUAUUGGAUUCAUACCACCCCGGGGAGGGAUAUUUAAUAAUAUGGUGCAGAUAAAAAUCUGUGGUUCAAUACAUUUUAUAAGUGAUGUACUCUGAGCUAGCACACAGCUUCUCAUAGUAGAUGCUACACUGGUCAUGAUUCCAAGGGGCCCUGGAGACCAGUAAAUUAGCUAGAUAGUCCAGGGAACACUGAGGAAGGAUAAGAAGGGAUUUCUUUAGACAGUUGUUUGUUAUUCAGUCAAUAACCAAGGUCAGGAGUAAGAGUAUUGGAUCCUUCUGUAAUGUACAAUCCCCAAAACAGUCUCAAGGAGAACAGAAUGAGCUAACGCAGGGAAUUGUAGCAACAAGAGCCAGACAAGAAAGGAUUCCCUUCCUAAAUAUAUAAUUUAAAGGCACAAACCUGGGUCUACUUAAAUUUCAAAAUGAGGACUUGAGGGUCCAUUGUGCUGCUGAGCUGUACAAUGAGCCACAACAGGCUUGUAGUUAAAAUGAAACUGAACCCACCCUCCUUAAAGUGCUCAAUAAAAGUACAGACAUUCCCCGACUUACACAAUCAUUCCGUUCCGGAAAGCUGCAUAAUUGACUUUUGCGUAAGUCGGAAACGUUUAUCCAAAUGUUAUGCAAAAAAAAACCCCUCCUAUUUCUAGCUCACGGAACUUCUUCCAUAAGUAUGAAUUUGUGUAAAUCGGGUCUUGUGUAACCCAGGGAGCGUCUGUAAUGCUACCCAAAGUUUAGGUUAAGCAUGGAAAAAGUUACCUCCACAUUAAUAACUGAAGAUUCUAAACAGAUCCCCCCAGUGCAGACUUUAAAAAAAAUUACUUUGGUUCAAUCAGUAAUAAAUGCUCUUCCCCUACCUCAAAAAAAAAAAAUUCCUUCUCCCCCCACUUCAGAAGAUAACUGGUGUUUCCCUGAGUUACAUCCAUUUCAAACAGGCUGUCAGAACAUCCAGUGCAGCUUGUAUUGUAGUUGUUAGAAUUCUAAAAACUGAUGCCAGCUUUAAGAUCCAACAGGUCCCUAAAUACAGUAGUAGUCCAGAAGUCAGUUAAAACAAAUCUGGCAGUGGGAUUAGCGGACAAAGGAAUAAAGCGUUUAACUCUUCUUCUGAUAAAUUGUUUCCUUUGCUGGAAAACAUUCUAGGGACAUGUGUGAAAAUGUAUUCAUAUCACAGACACAGUUUUCUGUGCAAGUAGUUACAUUUACACAUAUACUGAGGAGCCAAGAUCCUUGAUUUUGCCAGUCCUCAACUAGACAUUGGACCCUGAUUCCUAUCUCAAUCAUACUGAUGUACACAAUUAAACUUAAUGGAAUUACUCUUGGUUUACAUUCAUAUGAGAUCAGAAUUGGGCCGUAGUCUAAAAUGCUCUGAAAUUUUAAUCAAAUCUAUGUAAGUCUUGAUAUGCACCUACCAUUUACAAAUCCCUUAUCAAAAAUUAAUACAUGAUUAUUGGAACAUGAUUUUCCUACUAAACUGCUGUCAUGUGUAUGACUGUUUUGUAGGGACCUACAUAAGUAAUUGGAUGCAUUUUAUUUUAUGUGUAACACAAGGUUAUUGCAACUGAUUAGUAUGAGUUAAAAAUACUUACAGAGCCAGCUCAGCCAUUGAUGUCAGUGACCAAAGUCCCAUUGGCUUCAGUAGAAUAUAGAUCUGAACCUAACCAAAGUAAUUAUAGCAAGUUAUUCCAAGACGCAGCCUAGAGUGUAGAUAACUAUGUAGAGAUUCAUUAUACAGAGGAGAAUCAGGAGUUAACUGCAUGGAAGGCAGUGGAAUUACACCUGCAUGACAGGAAAAUCAAGUCCACAUGUCUAUCCAAUAUAUUCUGUUACAAUUUAUGAAAAUUUAAGUGGUCCCUUAUUAUAUUUUACCUUAGUGUCACAAAUAUUACUCAGAAUUAGGAUUCUGUGAUUAGCUGAUAUGUGAAAUCCUUUGUAAUUGUAAUCUAUCUUUUCAGGUUUAUAAAAUAAAUUCAUUAUAGACAGGAAAAGGAAGGAUAAAAGAACAGCUCAUGAAAGAAUUUUAAGGCUGUGAAAAAUGUUGGUUUUUUUACUUCCAUAUAGUAUUUUAAUGAUGAUAAACCUAAAAGUGUCCAAGCCAGGCACACAUUUUCACAGUGCUGAAUAUUUAAAUAAAUUAUAAUACUGGGACAACAGUAUUGCUACAAACUUCAACAGACGCAGGAUUGGGCUCUUAAUUGAUCAGGUUUGUUUCUAUAACCCACUAUCCAAGUCUGUUGUCUCAAGGUAUCGGGCCAAAUCCUUCCUUGGUUUUCACUCAGUCCUCACUCAGGCAAACUCUUGCUGACAUUAAGAAAAAACUAGGAAAAUCAGUGAAGAUUUCAGGAUUUGGCUCAUUGCUUGGUGUAUAAAGUUAAACAUACUGGAAGGCCCCUUAACAUAUUCUCAUCUCAGACAAUGUUUUCUCUUAAGCACUUGUGUUUGUAUAGAUUAGUGUCUACCACAAACUUUCCUAAUGUUUUGACCCAAAACUAUUCAGUGGCUGACAGAUGUAAACCAGAUCUGGAAAGACAAAUCACAGAUCGGAAGGUGAAAUUUGCCUCAAUAAUGAGAUUUUGAAACUCUUGUUUAAAGUUGGUCUUUUCCCUCUUUAUUGUAUUGUUAUUGUGUACAAUUCCCCAGUUUAAAAUCAAUGUCUAUUGUUCUUUAAAACAAAAACCUUUCUGGGUGAUGUAAGAACCAGAAAAAUGUUUCCAGGUGACUUUUAUUACUGCUAUGGACUGCUAGUUAUUGGUUUCAUAUAGUCUGUGCCAAGAAAGUCAUCUGUCCACUCAUAGGCAGUCAUGAUAUUUUUAAUGGACGCAGACAUGUCUCGAUUUUGGUGGUGUUUUAUAUUCUGCUCCAUUACUCUUGUUAUAUAUAAGUGCCUUUGGCUGCUUUUUGUGUUCUUUCAUUUUGUUCUUGCUAUUCCUGCUGCUAAAUGGAACCAUGUCCAAGACCAGCCAUUUUCUGAAGAUUCAACAUACGUGUAAUAGUGACUGGAACAGAAGGCUUAGGCAGAUAACUUGUCUGCUAAGGUGUGUCAUGGCUGCCCCGGGCAGAGCCUUGUGGGCUUCACAUCUUUAAUGAGUUUUGAAAGCACUUAGCAUUUCAUAGGACAGUACCAUAUAUCUGCCUAUAGGCUGAAAGCCAGGAUCAGUUUACAAAACUUGCAUUUACUAUACAUCAAAGCACCACCUAAAGUUAUAUAAUUUGUUAUCGAAAGUUCCAAAACUCUGAUAGCUAGAAAUGGUCAAAUUUUAAAAGGAAAAAAAUACUUUAUCAAAAUGUGGCCAUUUUCCAAAAAUGAAAUAUUUUUGGGAAAAGUUUUCAUAUUUUUGAAGUUUUCCAUUUUGUCAAAAAAAAAUCAACAGAAAUUUGUAAAGAAAAAAAUUGCCUGCUUGUUGCUUUUCAAAAUGUAUAUUUGUGCAGGGAGGGAAGAUUGCAUGGUCAUUUUCGGGCUUAUUUACAUGAGGAAAAAAGCCCAGAGUAGCUGGUGUGGAGCAACUCGUACACACUAGAUACUUCACAUUAACUCUCUGUGUACAUGCUUACUCUGCACUAAGAGCACCUUUGUGUGCUUUAAAGCGUAACAGUAUCCACACGGGUAGCUAGUGCAUUUCAAAUUCACACCCUAGCUUAUUACUCCACACAAACUUCCCCACGCAGACAAGCCCUUAGUCACAAGGGAUUUUUUAAAAAACAUUUUUUGAAAAUUUUAGUUUGAAAAUGAAUUAUUUUUAUACAAGAAAAUUCAGGAAAAAUGAAAAUACCGGGAACAAUAGCAGCAUGAAAAUUGCUUUCAAAUUUUCCAAAACUCACCCAACUUUAAAAAAAAAAUCAACCUGCUCUAAAGGAUUCCUUAAGUUCUGUUACUUAUGAUUUCUUCAUGACUUAAAUUGAAGAGAUUUCUAUGUAAAGUAAAUGUAAAAAUGUCAUUUUAAGUUUGCUAGUCAACAUGUUGACAUUGUAAAAACUACAAUACAUUACUACUGGAUAAGAAGUACAGAAAACUAUGAAACAUACAAAUCAAGAGAGACUGAUCUAUAAUCUUUUCCAUCACUUGUAUGAAGUGCAUUCCCCCCCCCCCCCCCCCAAUUAAUGACAGAAAAUUUCAAAUAUCUCAGCAUAAGUCUGGCUGGGAAAAAAGGAAACUGCUCAAAACCUCUCCAAGUGCUCUCAAGAGAAAAGUCAUGGCCAAGCAGACUGACCAAAAGGAAUUUGGUUAAUGCCUCACAUUCUGUCAGUAAGGCUAAUAUUUUCACAUAGGACAAAACUCACACUAUUUCAGAAGUCCAGCACAAGAACUAUGCACCAUUUAAAACCAUGUUAUAGGGCUUAAGUGGUUCUUAGACUGACUCUGUGCAGGAGUCCAUUUCACAUUUAUAGUAUCAUUAUUUAUAGAGUAAUAUGGAAAAAAAAAUUUUGGUGGAAAGGGCCCAUUUGUAAAUUACCAUAGCUAAAUAUAGAGACACAGUGGGUGAUGCAAUAUCUUUUACUGGACCUACUUCUGUUGGUGAAAGAGACAAGCUUUCGAGCUUAUACAGAGCUCUUCAUUCGGGUAAACCUGAAAGCUUUUCUCUUUCCCCCACAAAAGUUGGUUCUGUAAAAGAUACUACCUCACUCACCUUCUCUCUUUAAUAUCCUGGGACUGACAUUGCUACAAGAAUACUACAACCAAUAUAGUUAAUUAUGUAACAUCAUAACUAAAGCUUUAUACAUGGUCACUAACUAGCUUUGAGCUUGGCAAUCCUGUUGUUUUAACAGGAAUUCCAAUCUUGUAAUCCAAAGGUAUCUGAAACUGUUAAAUGUAUAUUUUGGUUUUAUUAUAAUAAAUAGCAAAUUCUGACAGAA